CAAAAAGUAUGGCGGAUCGCUAUCACGAACUUGAUGCAAGGACAAAUUUAUCUCCUCGCAUCAUUUUCGUCCGUUUAGGAAAGGAUAAAUCCAAAGAUACCGUUGAAGAUGAAAUAUUCAAGUAUAUUAAGAAGGUCCUGAAUGAAUCAACUGUCGGUAACAGCGACUUGGAAAAAGCGAAAAGUUGUGUCACUUUGCCAGACUUUGGCACGGGCAAGAUCGUCCAAGUUGCGGUUGGCCCCGCGUUUAUAGGAUUUCUCUUUCAUGAUGGCCGUGUUUGCAGGAUGAAAUGUGUUUCAAGAAAUUCGGAAAGUACACAGACGUUGAAUAAUUCACAAGACUAUUCAGAGGAACCAAUAUUUCAGGUGAAAAGCGACGAAGUGUAUGCGAAACAACUUCAAAAUCAGUUGAAUGAAGAGAUCAGGACAAAGAGGACUUCACCAGGCAGGUCGUUGGUGCACGGAGGAGCAACCUCUUCUCUUAAUUUGUCAUUUCGUGCUUCCGAUGGAUAUGAUUCGGGAGAUGUUUUACUUAGUGAUCGGACAAGGCAAAGUGUGGUAAAACCAUGGUCGGCAAAAGCAGGUCCUAGUUCAAGUGCUGAUGAUGGCACAACUCAAGUUAAUCAAGAAACUCAGACAGGAAGAGAGGACCUACAACAAACAAACAAUACUCCAGGAAAUGGUGGAUCAAGCAGUCACGAAACAAACAAAGAUAAAUCAAAGCAAUCUUGUAAUACCGAUGAAAACGUAAAUCCUGAUGAAAGUUGUACAGUUGGGGACGAUUCAGUAACUUCAGAUUUUACUAACCAAGAAAACAAAGAAACAGCUGGAACUUCCAAACCAAAUGUGCAAGAUAAAUGUAGUCAAGAGGUGGAAAACUCUUCAGGAAAUGUUUCCAUAAAUAAUUCCUCAUCAGGGGCUUCAUCAAGAAGUUCUAAUUCUCGUCGGUCCGUUUCUAGACCCACUUUUCUUCACAGGACACUCUAUGCAGCAAAUCUUCCUGGAGUGGUCAGACCUUGGCCUCCAUAUGGUAUACCAGUGGUGGGUUCUGUGCAACAAUUUCCACCAUACAUCAGCCGUGGAAAUCGGACGUCUGGAAGGUCUUCUGUACCACUCCAAGCUCAUGUUGUUCGUGCUCAUCUUGCUGAGCAAUUAGCUGGUGCGUAUGUGUUUUCCAGAGGGCCCAGAGGGCCCAGAAGAACUAAUUUUCAACGGAAGGAUGAGAGGGCCACUGGUGAGAAUAGUGAAACCACAAGCUGCAGUGAUGCAGAUUUUUGCUAUCCUGAAAUUGGUGACUUGGAGUGGCUGGAAGUGGAAAAUGGUCAAGAAGUUGCUUUCUCACACAUAACAGCGAUGCAUUCAGAAUUUGUUCUGGUUGAGAAAGGAACAGGAAUCCUUUAUCACUGGCCAUAUGAAAGUGAUGUGGCUUGUGAUGUUGCUAUGGAGAUUUCAUCUUCACUUGAACCCAGUUACUUUCCGUUGGCCAAACCACACCCAUUAGGAGAGGCUUUAGGGCUGGACAGUGAAGAAGUUUGUCUUCUGGCAUCAUCAAAUGUGCGCUGCUCACUAGUGACUUCAAGUGGAAAGAUUUGUACCUUUUACGAUAAGCUUCUCAGAGAAUCAAAUUGUGGAGAUCCUCCUGCCCUAGUUCAGGAGCUCUCUCAUUCUGCACGUGCAUUUGCUGAACUUCAGGGAGAGGAAAUUGUCUCUAUCAGCUGUAGUGAAUUCUUUUCAGGCUUGAUGACACAGUCUGGUAAAAUAUUCUGGUGGGGAUUGUUACCAGCAGAAGAACGCCAAAACUUUAGGCAGAAGUUAAGCAAGGCAACAAAUCAAUCAAGCAAUAUCGGUGUCAACGAGAAGGUUCAGCUUCGUCAGCAUUUUCCUGGGUUCCCUGGUGCUUUAGUUUACAAAUACUGUGAAGUCAGGGGACCCAUAGUGGGGCGUCUGAUUGGUCACGAGUCACCAGAAGGAACGAGCACCGUUGUGACAAAAAUUAAGGUUGAACCACUUUACAAGAGAAGUGCUUCUAGCGACAAGCCAGAAAGUGGAAUAGUACAAACAGACAUAGAUAUAUCAGCGGCGAAUUCUUCACGAGCGAAGACUGUUGAAGAAGAGUUCAUUUCCAGCCAAAAGGACUUUGCAAGAUCUUCCAGUCCUCACACGAGUGUGAGAAGGAAGGCUCAGUUCUCACAUGUAUCAAGUAAUGGCUCUGAAAUCUGGGAGGUCAAAGAUGUUGUUUUUCUUGAAAGCGAAAACAAACUGUUGGGGACCGUUGCUGCAAUUGAUGGCCCUCAUGUUAUCGUGAAGGUCGCAAACGUGAUGUCACCAUCAGAAUCGUCACUACGUGUCUUCAAAUUAUCCGAAUUAGAGCCAGUACCAAGCGAGGGUGCUGAAGGGAGUACAUUAACUCGAUCUUUAUCAACAAGUUCGUUAUAUAGAGGUUGUAUUCAACAUGCACCAAAGUGUGUUGUCAGCAGCUCACCACGAUCGGUAGGCAAAGAUGUUCUCUCUGGAUUUAGACCAGUGGCCAUGACAGCCACAUCAACAGGGAUCUCUCUCAUCGUGCAGCGUCUCUCAGAUAAGAAAGCGUUCUUUAUGGGACCAGCAAUGGAACAAGUUGUGGACAGCAGUAAGGUGUACACGUGUAGUGGAGAUGUUAACGUUACCUCAAGUAUUGACGAUGGUUCUUGUACAGUGGAAGCUGAGGCCAUCCAAAGCCAGGAAGGUGCCCUUGAACCAGUGUCUUUGGUGCCUUCGGACACUUCUCCAAAGCCGAUCAUUGGGCUAAAGAGAAGGAGGCGUAGUGACGAAAAUGAUGACGAUGUUGACAGUGAUACUUUACACUCAACUCAGACGACGCCAAAUAUCGAAUCAUCAAUAUUGAACAGACUUCUUCCCUGUAACUUCCAUAGUGCCAACCAGAAAUUUCCUUUGCUUCACUCUUCAAGUGAUUAUGACAUUGUUCUGUUGACGGAUGUCAACGGCUGCCUAUGCCCAAGACCGUUUGGGACCAAGUUGUCAAGUCCGAAUGUGGGUGAUAUUCCUCCAGUACAGAGUUUCGGUCUUGGAACAAGACUAGGUCACAGUUCAGCAGAGAAUUCUUCACCUGAAAGAGUGUUGAUAGCAUUUAUUGCUUUCCAAGAGCAACACCUUAUACAAGCUGUACAAUCUGGCGUGGUAGAACGAAUCCAAGAAGCGCUGAACUUCUUAAAACAGCUGAACAACAGCAAAGAUAUCGGGAAGGUUAACAAGAGCAUGGUGAAGGGAUCCAAAAAGGUUGCCAUCGCUGAUACUAACGGUCAAGUUCACGGAGAGCCAGCUGGACAAACUAUCGUAAUCAACAAGAGAGUUUUACAGCUGCUCCAUCAGCAUACCACCUCAAAUCAAAAUUUGUUGCACAUUUGUUGUAGCAAUCCAACAUUUACUGAGAACCGAGAUUGGUUCAAUAAUAUUCUCAAGAAGUGCAGUAAGGGUACAGAAGCAACUUUACCUACUGAAGGAGAUUCCGAGAGCAGAGAAGAAAUGCCAGAAGAUGUGAAAGGUUCCGAGAGCAGAGAAGAAUUGCCAACAGAAGUGAGAGGAUUGCAUAUAUUGCUGAACGAUUCUGUUUUUGCCAAAGAAUUUGUGCCAAUGUUGAGAGGACGAGAUGCGUGUGGGAACACUCCUUUCAUGACAGCUAUCCAGUGCCACAACUUUAAGGCUGCUGUGUACAUUCUGGAUUUUGUGGAGAAAAACAAAGAAAACUGCUCCUUGAAGGAAAUGAUCUUCCCAGGAGUAUUCAAUGGCAUGACACCUCUUCAUGCUCUCGCCGUUGCCUGCACAGAGAAUCUUUCCCCCAGUGGACUGGGAAACAGCUUGACUGUGACCAACCUGCCUUCCAGUUACACCCCAAGGAUUCUGUUGAAGCUGUUUCAAAGUAGAUAUCCGUCAGUUUACAGAGCCACCAUACCACCUAUGGACAUGGAGGGAAGAAAGGUCUGUCGCGCGAAGUUCCCAAAGUAUAAGGUUACUGAAAAAUUUUUCGCUAUGCAAGCGAAGAAUUCGCACAAGAAGAAACCCACUGAGGCAAAGAAAGGUAACUUACUGACACCACCCACAUCUGGUGGGAAUGGAAAUCCGUGGUCAAGGCGAUAUGUGGAGGGAGGAGGGCGGAUUCCCGUCGUCAGCAGUCGACGAGAGUCUUUAACGGGAGUGGUGACUUUCUCUGAUCCUAAAGAACUGAGACAAGCUUUGGUUGAGAUGGAUCAUCAUAUGGUGUCCACUGAGAUGUCAGCACCUGAAGGUGGACUCGCCAGCUUGGUGCAACAUGUUCUGCAUGUCAAACUCACUGAGGUGGAAAACGAGGCGUCUGAGAAGAACGAGAUGGAGGUGGGUGUCAGGGGGGGAGUGUAUAAUGUAUCCAAUGUUGACGGAGUACCCAAGAUUAGUCCAAAGUCACAGUCAGCUACCAGUGUUAAACCUAGCCAGAAGGAAGGAGAAGAUAGAUUAAUAUGCCAGCUUGUGUGCCGUCUUUUGCCAUAUCCAGAGAUUGCCACAGCCACAAACAGAGAGGGCGAGACAGCUUUAGCUUUCCUGGUGAACAACUCUCGUUGGAUAAAACUUAGCGUAAGCCAAAAACAGCGUCUCACUAAAUACGGCAGCAUGUUGUUUGGGCAAGACGUAGCUUUUCCCGUGAAGCGAGAACAGGCAACCCAGCAAGAUGUCUCUCGCUCUCCACAGGAAGGCGAUAUAAUGACAGAAAUCAAUAUCACUGGUGUUUCAGAUACCACCAUGCUGGAAACUAACCUUCUAGCCCAGCUAGACGACAUCUCAAGCAGCUUCCGAAGCAUCGUGGACACACUGCAGGCUUUGGAGAGGCGAUGUCAGCUGCCUGAACAACCGCAGGAACAAACGCAGAAUCCUCAGACAGGCGACGAGAAGGACAAGGAGAAGCUGCCUGGCAAUGAGUCGACAUCUGGUGAAAACGAAACACCAAUGGAUGUAGCUAGCGAAAAUGCAGCAGAGAGUAUUGACUUGAUAGGAUUUCCUCCUAGUACAUCAGUUGUUCCUGAUGACCUCCCUGGUGAAAGUCUACCAGUUUUGAUACAACUCAUACAAAGUUGGCCCUCCGUGGUGUCAACGGUACUGGGUUACUACCCUUUUGGCACUUCAUCGGUGCACUCAGAUGUGCACAUGACGAAGGAGCCAAGGGGUUCCGGUGACUUACCCCGAAAAGGUCCAUCUCGAUGUAGCCCAGUAGAUUCUUGCAUCAUGGAUGUGUUUGUCUUUGAGUUGCUCUCUCACUCUGAUGAAGCUGUCCUGAUGACUUUUGUGGAGAUGAUUGUCGAUGAGAUGAAUAAGCAUUCCCAAAACCUGACGCUGGAUGCUGUUCAUCGAAUCGCCCAGUUGCAAGGCGAUCCAAGUGCUGCAGAUGUCGCCAUGAUGGUGGGGAUGAAGUUCCUGCGGUCUGUCAUACGUCAAUUGGCUGUUCAUCUCAGUCGCUCUGGCUUGUCUUACGUCGACCUCCGGACUCGCCUUGGGUCCAGUCCUUCAACGUCCACUUCCAGAAGCAGUCAGGGGGACAAUGUACAGUUUAAGAAGAAAGUCAGAAUGAUCCUUCGCUCGUUCUCAUGGCUUGCUGUUCACGAGCUGACUCAGGCUGCUGAAGCGUCUGUCCUUCCCGUUCGUGAGGGUGUGGCUAAACCCCAAGCUCGCUCUACUGGUUCGUCUGUGAGUAACAAUGUACCCAACCCCAAUGGAUUUCCCGGUGCAAGGUUCCGAUUUAGACCAGGAAUCCGAGUGGGUCCUCAUGAUUUAAGUGCCAGACCACAAGAUCCGCCGCUCAGGACAGCUCAGAGGAUUUCACAAACCAAUAUUACAGAGAAUUCCUCAGCGUGCCGUGGUAUCAGACUAGCAGACAUUUCUGAAGGACCUUCUGGGAUCGCUAAUAAGAAGCACGCUCCAAGUCCCCUCAGGGCCUCUCCCUUUGAAGUUUCCAGGGUACAUGGCAAAAAGAACUCCCUUGUCGACAGCGACAGUGAUUCUGCUGACGAAACUGAUCACGUUGGAGCUUUAAGUGGCGACGGUGACAGCGACAUGGAACUGGACGAGCGAGAUCAGCGGUCUGUUUCCGUGACGACAGGGAUUACCCAUGACCACCCCUAUGCUUGGGCUCUGGAUGGCCGAGUUGCCAGUUUGAUUGAAGGAAACAACUUGCCCGGACAUAUUCACAUUCCACAAUGGGCGGCCCCCGUCGUUUCGCCUCCCAGCGUCCAUACUGGAAAUUGCUACUUGACUCGAAUGUUCUCGAGGCUGGUGAAGGAAACCUUGGUCCUCAUGACAACUCUCACUAAAGACACCUAUUCUACACAGCAGGGGAGUGCCAUGCUGCCCUCCCUUACUAUAACCCAGCAAGAACGUCAGUCCGUUCAGAACCAUGUUAUGUCCGUCCUCGAGAGGUCAUGGUUGUGGCUGGCUGGAGUGCUUGAUGUGGUAGAGGGUCAGUUGCGAAUGGGCAAAGAUUUUGAUACCAAGCGAUAUCUUGCGUCUCUUCGGCGGCCUGAAGACGCAGAGCAGGCCUUGUUGGGAAGAUCUAUGUCGACCAUACCAGGGGCUUCUCCUGAAGAAUAUUUGAUGUUCUUGCUAAGGGCUCAUAAUAAUGAACACAAGGACUCGCUCCCUGUUGUGGAUAUGCUUUGUUAUGAGCAUACUGUGUAUGUUCUGGACGCCUUUAUUUACUCCAUGACGCACUGGCCUCGGCUGGCUUCAACCCUCGACCGUAGAAUUUCCAUGACAAGCAACGAUGGAGAUGACUCUAGCCCUAGUUUCUCUCAGCCUUCGCAGCCCGAAGAUGGACCUUUGGGCCUGGAAACGAAGUCUUCACCCAAUACAGAAUCAAAGCGGUGGCGGCGUCAUAGCCAUGAGCGAGAAGCUAUCAUAAAGUUCUUUGGUAUGGACGUUAUGCACGGUGACAGAGAGAAGUUUCUGACCAGUCUGCAAGAUACAAUUCAGCAAAAGUUCCCCAAGGUACCUAAAGCAUCUUGGGAAGUGUUCGCUCAUAAUGUGACUUUGGCACGUCAGAAGUCUGAGGACCCAAAUCUGACGUCACAAAAGGAAAGUGAGGAGGAAAGCGGACUACCCACUACGUUUAGCGCGAUGGGAUCGCAUACCUACCCCUCCCCCCUAGUAACAAAUUGGUCUCCUGAUCAAGUGAUAAGCAGGUGGAAGAUCUCUGUGGAUUUGUUUUCCCGCCUCUUUCUGGCAGAUGGGCCUGGGGCCGAACGAGAAAGUUUCCUGGCGGCCCGCGCUGGUGUGGCGGGAAGAUUAGCAAGGUUCCGCCGAGCUGCGUCGUAUCUCCGUGAAUCUAUCUCGAGUGAAUCGCAACAGAUGGGAUCGUAUGGAGGACUGGGUGCGAGGGUCAGCACCACCCUAACUCUGACAAUCAAAAGACAAAAGAUACAGGAGAAUACUCUAAGAAUACUCGGCGAGAUGUCCACAUGUCACUACAGCAACCUUCGAGUCAAGUUCGAGGGAGAGGAGGGCUCCGGGCCUGGUGUGAACCGGGGAUUCUUCGCUGCCAUGGCCAAUGCCCUGAAAACGGACGAAAAGCUUCCAGUUGAAACCACGACUUUACUUCACGAGCCAGGCAAGCUGCCGGAACAAAGCGGGUUCUAUGCACCCAAGCCAUUUGCUUAUUCUGACAAGUCUCCAGAGGAAAAUAAUAUCAAGAAUCGUCGCCUUAAGAUGUUCACCGCCAUUGGUCGUUUCAUCGGUUUGAGCCUUUGGUUCAGUGUCACUGUGCCAUUGAACUUCAGCCGACACGUGGUUAAAUUUCUACUGGAAAGAGAUGUGACUUGGGAGGACCUGGCGUUUUUCAAUGCUGACCUGUUUGAGGGACUCAGUAGUAUGAUUCUGGAUACCACGCACCCAUUGAUGACCUCAGAACGCUUUCAGGCCACAUACUGCUGCCAUUUUGAGACGUCAGUGGGCGGUACAACAGAAGAACUCAUCCCUGGAGGUUCGCAGAUUCCGGUGACGCCUGACAAUAUCUUCAAAUAUGUUAGACUGUAUGCCACCAAGGUGAUGAUCGGCUGUGUAGAGAACGAACUACGAGCCAUGAGGAGUGGACUAAAUGACGUCAUUCCAUCUGAACUCCUAACAUCUCUUACACCAGAGGAUUUUCAGCUUUUACUGUCCGGAGGCACGACAGAUGUCGAUAUCAACCGUCUUCGCUCUGUGAUGACGUUCAGUAACAGUAAUGGCUGUUCUACCGAUAUCCUUGACAGAUUUAAACGGUGGUUCUGGUCCAUUGUUCAAAAAAUGACUCCCCUCCAACGACAGCAGCUGCUUUACUUCUGCACAGGGAGCGCAGUUCUCCCAGCUCCGUCCGACAGAAGGGACCCGGAGCAAGAACUUAAUAUCACCGUAGAUGUCAUAAGCGGAAACACGAAAGCGUUACCCAUGGCAACUACUUGUGGUCAGCGGAUGAGCAUACCGUUGUACCCUUCGAAGAAGAUCUUAAAGAGAAAACUCUUCCAAGCCAUCCAGUGUCAGGGUUAUGGCUUGGGCUAAAUAAUUUCCACGAUGGCUCAACUCUUAAUGCUUUCUGUGAUUUAUUAAUUGUUACUGUUUAUUUUAUCACCGGUAUGCCGGGACAUUAUCGUACAAAGUACGAUUCGUCACUUUGUCACGAGCUUUGCACGAGCACACCAAACGCUUCAAAGAGAAGCGUGACCCACGCGAGACUCGCUUGUGCCUUACGAUUGGAUCGCCAAUGAACAAAGGACUGAAGUUUUAUAACCGUUUUUAGCUGCUCUCCUGUUUCUGUAAGGAGCUAGUGAUUAGUUGGGUAUUUAGUUAAAGCAUCUUACGCAUUGUUUCCGAGAUUGAUGAUAAAUUCAAGGUAACUUGUAUAGAUUCCUUUCAGCGUUGUUUGACUUUACAACAACGUAAAAAUAAAUGGUCAAUGAUACGGACGCAUUUUCAUUUAGAAAAAAUGGCAGUUUGUUUCAAUUAGUGGCCACAAGAACAGCGUUAGUACACCUCACCUUUUUUUUGGUUGAUACAACGUGUUUUUGAUAGAAAAAGGCCCCACGUAAAUGUUCUUAGGACGCUGCUGGUGAAACCCUUUUAUUUACUGUAUGAAACAUUUUCAGAUUUACACAACAGAUUGAUGAAAAUGUGAAAACAUAGCGAGUAGGUUUAGUAAUAAAUGAAUAAAACUCGAAUGCUUA